UUUGCCAGACAUCAGCAAACGUAUACAACUCUACUCUAACAAAAAUCGUCCGGUACAGGCAGUAGUCAUUAGCGCUGGCAAAUCUAACUAAGGAUUGUUCUAAAUUUUCUCGUUUAUAUUAAAUCUAUUUUAUUUGUUGCUUAAAACAUGGGUAAACCCAGAGGAUUGCGAACUGCUCGAAAACACAGAGAUCACAGAAGGGACCAACGCUGGCACGAUAAAGACUAUAAGAAAGCUCAUUUGGGAACUAGAUGGAAGGCCAAUCCUUUCGGAGGUGCUUCUCACGCAAAAGGAAUUGUGCUUGAGAAAGUAGGUGUUGAAGCUAAACAGCCUAAUUCUGCUAUCAGAAAAUGUGUUAGAGUCCAACUCAUUAAAAAUGGAAAGAAAAUUACAGCAUUCGUACCAAGAGAUGGUUGCUUAAAUUUCAUUGAGGAAAACGAUGAAGUGUUGGUAGCUGGAUUUGGUAGGAAAGGUCAUGCCGUUGGUGACAUUCCUGGAGUCCGAUUCAAGGUUGUUAAGGUGGCUAACGUAUCUUUGUUAGCAUUGUACAAAGAAAAGAAAGAAAGACCUAGGUCUUAAAUAUAAUAAAAUUUUUGGAAUUAAA